CGAAAUUGCGGGACAAAGGGAACGCGGUAUCCUUCAUAGAAUAUUGCUCCAUCAUAUUCCUGAAUAUAGCACAUCAUGAGAACAGAUAUCCUUUCGAAACGACUUUUUCAAGCAGGAUGCUUUGGACUUCCGUGGCUAUGGAUCGUGCAUGUGUUAUAUUGGAGAGGAAGUCGCCAGGAGUCAACCGAAGCCAUUUUAAAUCCCGACGAUCAUUUUCCUGAAGCGGAAGGAGCGCCGGAAGCGACGCCAGAAGAAAUCCAACAAGAGGCUGAAAAGUGGGUACAACGCUGCCAAUAUUCCGCGCCAGCUGCCGCCAGUCUUUGGAUUGGCUGGAUUAUAGCUUCCCAACUUUUACGAGACCAACUGCCAGCUGGCUGGUUCAUGGCAUCGUUUGACGAUUCCUCAGUGACUGGAUGGUAGUUGAGUUUGAAAGCACACGACUUUGCUUGCAGCUCUGCCCGCCCUUUGUAAAUCAACUCGACAUAUAUUUUUAUCUUCGGAAGUGGCCAUUCGACUUUUCUUUUUAAUACUGAGGUUUCGGUGCUUUCAUUCAUGGUUUCGGGAAACGAUUUUGCCUGCCGAGGAGAGAGGAAAACCUGACAAAAAAAUAAAAUGCAAUAUUUACAU